GCGAGCGAGCAGCUUGUUGGGACCACACCAGUCAUACUUCCCGGAACAGGGAGGAGCUGGUGCUGAUUAUCGUGGGCAUAAACACAAAUCACUGCGUUUUUGGUUUGAUCAGCUUCAUCCCUGUUGAGCAGAAUGAUUGACAUACAGGCUUGGGCAGAGUAUGUGGUGGAGUGGGCUGCCAAAGAUCCCUACGGUUUCCUGACCACGGUGAUAUUGGCUCUUACACCUCUCUUCAUUGCCAGUGCGCUUCUCUCCUGGAAACUGGCCAAGAUGAUUGAGGCACGUGACCGGGAACAGAAGAAAAAGCAGAAACGUCAGGAAAACAUAGCCAAGGCCAAGAGGUCCAAGAAAGACUGAGCCUGGGAGGGGCAGAUGAGGGCAUUAAAUAGGAGGAACAACCACCACACUCGCAGCCCUCCUUUAUUCCAAAUAAUGACAUGGUGCCCUUCCUUGUCCCAGCCCGACCGUCAGCACAGGGCCACUACUCCGCCUGUUAGGUGUAGAAGGAGGGACACUUGGCCCUCACAGGCCGAACAGCACUGAGAUGGACAGUACUGCCCAGAGGAGGCUCGUCCCAACGGGACUUUGGUCAGCAAGUGCACAGUGGUAAUCUGUAUGGUAUAUAUAUGUACAAACAGACGUCCGUUGAUAAUAUUGUGCAACUGUUGCAACACUUUGCAUUCCAUUGUUAACAUCCCUGUUCUGCUGAAUUGAUCUGUAAUGUGUGUACUGGAACUUUUCUUCCAAGUCACUUGCAAAAUAACCAAAUUAUUACUUUCUAAUCAAUAAAGUUUUGAUGGUUGAUAAGAAA